GGCUAAUGAGCGGGUUUAGCGUGAGCUGGGCGUGCUCACGAAUAACAACCGAGGCUGCUGCUCCUCUCACAAGUCUUUCCCAAUUCCCGUGCGAAAUACCAGGAUAGACAUUUUUGUCUGGUGAAGCUACAUCAGGCUGCGGUAUUCAGGACUCUUCGCAAUGGGCAGCCAGGAAGCAGAGACCCAGGAGACUUUGCAAACCCCAGUUCUAGAAAAUGGCAGACCAGAAGCUCCCAGUGAAGAGUCAAGCAGGUUUACCAGAGAUCAGCUCUUCACAAUGGCAGCAACAGCUUGUUUGAACUUCAGUUCGAUGAUUUGCUAUUCAAUCCUGGGGCCCUUUUUUCCAAGAGAGGCAGAGAAAAAGGGUGCCAGUGAUGCAGUUGUUGGACUGAUUUUUGGAUGCUUUGCUUUAUUCGAUUUCUUGACUUCUUUAAUAGUAGGCAAUUAUCUUGUACAAAUUGGAGCCAAAUUCAUGUUUGUGGCUGGGAUGUUUGUCUCAGGAUGUGUUACAAUUCUGUUUGGUCUGUUGGACAGAGCACCUGAUGGGCCAGUAUUCAUUGGUUUGUGUUUUCUGGUUAGAGCGAUGGAUGCCAUAGGCUUUGCUGCAGCAGCGACAGCUUCAUUUUCUGUUCUCGCAAAGGCUUUUCCCAAUAACAUAGCUACAGUAAUGGGCAGUCUUGAAAUUUUUACAGGGCUUGGACUCGUGCUGGGCCCACCUAUAGGUGGUUUUUUGUAUCAGUCCUUUGGCUAUGAAAUCCCUUUCAUAGUGCUAGGAUGCUUAGUGCUGAUCCUGGUGCCUCUGAACAUGUACCUCUUACCAAAAUACGAUGCAAUCGCUACCAAGGACUCGUUCUGGAUGCUCAUUACUCUGCCAAAAGUUGUACUUCUCUGUUUUACAAUAUUUUCACUAAGUGCAUGUUUAGGCUUUCUGGAUCCCACUAUGUCACUGUUCGUUUCAGAGAAGUUCAAAUUACCAGCUGGCUAUGUGGGGUUAGUAUUCCUAGGUUUGGCACUCUCCUACUCCCUGUCUUCACCAUUGCUUGGGUUUCUAAGUGAUAAAAUGCCGCACCUAAGGAAAUGGUUGUUGGUCUUUGGGGGCUUACUGACAGCACUGUCCUUUUUCCUGUUAGGACCUGCUCCCAUCUUGCACAUUGAAAGCAAACUCUGGAUGUUUGUCCUAAUGCUGAUUUUGACUGGCUUUUCCCUUGGGAUGUCUGCUAUCCCACUGUUCCCUGAGAUGCUCGAUUGUGUUUAUGAGAAUGGAUUCGAGGAGGGGUUAAGUGUGUUAGGACUGGUGUCUGGGCUCUUCGGUGCAAUGUGGUCACUUGGACUGCAACUGUAAAAUAUUACACAAAUAUUACAACUGUAAUAAUUGGUGGCCCUUUCUUUAAAGGGACUAGCUAUUGGAAUACUCUAUAUCGUAGAGGCCUCACGAAAAGGAAGGUACUGUGGGACUUUUACAUCCAUUUCAAACCAGUUUUAAAACGUUUUCAUUAAGGAAAAUAUAGAUUUUUUCUUUCCCCCCCCCCCAACCAUACUUCUGUUUCUUCACACAAUCAGCCUAGUAAUGAAAGAGACUUUAAACAUUUCUGGGGGCACAGAAUGCACUUCCAUUUGUUUUGGGUUUUUUGUUUGUUUGUUAAAUAAUGCUAGCAUUAUGUAUGCAAAAGUAUCCAGAAGCUCUGUCAAACUGUUUCCUUUUUCCUUCCUUGCCUUCUCGAACAGAUCCAAUUUGCAGACCCCUCUGGGCACAAAUGAAGAAAGUGCUCACCUAUUGGCUAGUGAGACAUAGCCAGGAAUACUUCUGGAUCAACAUUUUUUUUAUUUUUUUUUUUAAAGUUAACUUAGUGAUGAGAAGAGUGGACUUAACACCCAAACACAUUGUUGCAUAAUUCUAGAGCUGCGAGAGCCACUUCCAAUAAUGCAUAACGUGGAUUAUUUGUAAUUGAAACAUAUUGCCACAUUGCUGUUCUGAUGCUCUAUUUAAAUACUGCAUGCCUUUCUUUUGGAUGUUCCUGCUGUGGAUUGGUUGAACUGGUAAAUCAGAUGUCAGCCUGCUUCUCUGUGUUCACAGUACAGUGCACUGAAGAGAGAUUUUUACACAAUGUGAAAGAACUAUGUUUCAGAAUGUUCUGUUCCUGUACUUGAAUCUGCUAGGGACUAUCCCAGACAGUCUGUCACUACCAUGUUUUAUUGUAAUGUGCGUUUUCCUUUUUCUAAAAGGAAGAUAAUGGUUAAAAUAUAUCUGGUAAUGUUUGAUGUUCAAAGGGAAUGUGAAACAGUGAGCAUAAUGCUCUGUUAAAUAAAACCAGGUAACUUCUUAUUUCUAAAUUCAGUGAAUUUCUGUAGCCAAAUGAGAUUACAAGUGAGGAUGGAAAGGAAGUCAGCCAUCUCCCAUGUCCUCCUAUUAAACAUAGGAGUGGGAAGAAAAGGCAAAUCUUGGGGAAUGGGAGAGCUGAAUUUAUAUGCUAGGUCAUAUUCAGUAAGUACAGCAUUGCACCUGUUUAGACCAGGACUGAAUUUGACCCAUGAUGGAAAGGGAAUUGGGUCAGAUUAGUCUGCAUUUCUAUUGGGUGUGUAGCCCAUAGGGCUAGCUUUAGCAUUUAUUUUAUUCAGCAAUAAUGUAAGGAAACUACAGGCCUGUAUCCUAUAAAACAUUGGCUUCAGCAGUUAGCUUAAGGCUUUAGGUCUAUGAAAUUAAGCCAUUUAUCUGUGCCAAAUGGUCACCCCUAAGUUUUGGGGAACUGAGAGUAGUGUAUAAGGGGGAAGUUUGUCCAUAAUGACACCAGCCAACCACAGGAACAUGAGCUAACAUCAGCUUGUGGAUAUCUUAGGAUGGGAACAUCUGCAGAUGUCUGAACACAAGGGUGCCAUGGCAACGAAUUGAUGUAUAUGAUGAGUUGAGAUAAUUAAUAUACUAAUCUACAGGAGAAGGGCAGCCCAACAUUAGUAGGGUGAGGAGAUACAAAUAAGGAAGAGGGGAGAAACAUCUGCUGAAUAUGCGUGAGAUAUAGUGGUGUCAGCUAACAUAAAAGUAUCCCAGUCUGUGGGCAGGAAGAGAGAGAGAGAGAGAUGUUCAGAUGUAUUAUCUGUCUACCUUGCUGGGUUAGAGUAUUUGUGACUUUGCUAAAUGUAUUAAACUAUUGUAAAUACAGAGGGGUUCCUAAGCUAUGUGUGUCACAACUCUGCACAUCAGGGUUCCCAACCAAACAGUAAUCUCAGUAAUACUGGACCUGAUCUUGGGACAAGAACCUGUCAAACCUCAGAGUGUGAACUGGGAAUUCUUAAAUAAUCCAUAUAAUUAAUAUACAAUUCAUAGAUCAGGCUACAGGCCACUUACCUCUGCAACUAUGGCAGAGUUUAUUUCUUCAGUAUAUAGAAAGUACAUGCAAGAUUCCCGUCUCAAAAAGCUCUGAGCUUUAUAAUCAGGAACAUCCAGUCAGCCUCACCCCUUGAGAGCAGCCAGCAGCAUUCUAAUGAUAAAUCCCACCUGUACUGUAGACUUCCCUAAAUCCUGGAGGAAUGGAGGGGCUUGGAAGGCAAGGUAAGAGUGAGGGGAGUGAGUGCCAAACUCCAGGAGCUGUUACAGAGAUUGACCUGCCAACAGCAUUUCUGCUGUAUAUCAAGAGGAUUUCAAGCACCAGCUGACCACAACUAUGGUCUUUUCUUUGAAAAGAAAAAAAAAAGGGGGGAGGGGAGGGGAGGAGGUUGGUAUAGAUAGAGCCCUGCACAGACACAAAAUUUGUAUCCGCGUCCAAUCCACAAACAUUGUCCACAGCUAUAAAGCGGAUAUCCACAGAUUUGCAGGGCUCUACGUGUAGGCCCACUUUACCUUUAGAUUGAUUGCUCUGCUAACACAAUCCUGCAUUCCUUUCACAGUUAGGUUUAUUCCUACAAGCUUUAACAUGGUUUGUCUCCUUGAUAGAUGCAGAAACUUGAAAUUUCUUUGAUUAACUUUAAACAUUGUUUAAUUAAUAUAAAUAGCUAAAUAUGUACAUUUUAUUUCCGAGCAUCCUGCCUACAACACUUUUGUAGCUAUAUCUUAAUACUCAGUAAAGGUGCAAACAAGUUUGUAAUAACUUAAAAAAUAAGUUACUGUGAUGGCUUUGCUCUACUCCCUGCAGACAGGGCUGCUCCUCUUGGAGGUUCUGAGGAAUAGCUCACUGGGUCAACACCCCUUACUGUGGUGCUCACUGUCUCUCCACCUCUCUUUGUCUGCAGCCCAUCUCUUGCCCCAGGAGGUACUGCAGCCUCUUUGUGACUCAGCUCUCCAGCCAAAUCACUCUGUGUUCCCCCCGCCUUCCAGGGUUUUACCUAAAAGUCCUUCUGCACAAAAAGUCCCAGGCAGUCUUCUCCAGCACUGCCCUGAUAGUGCCAGUUCCUCAAGGGUGGGUACAGGAACUCGGGGCCACCUUCUACUCUGGGUUCCAGUCCAUGGACCCUCAACCCAAGCAUUUCUGGGCUUUCCUCUCACAGCUCUUACUGCUUCUUUCAUAGACUGCUUCCUACAACUCCUGGUUUUCCUCCUUGCCCUGAGUGUACCAGCUCCAAACCCUCCUCCCUCUUCCCAGGGAGUGACUGCCCUUUCCCAGCAGCAACCCCUGUCUGUUGCCAGCUUCCUGGCUUUAUAAGCCGCACUAUUCCUGCAGAAGCUGAACCUGCUUGCAAUCAAUUCCCUGCUCCCUUGCUCUUCCUCCAGGUGCAGCCUAUGGAGUUAAUAGGCCUGCCUGUCAACCUUAACCCCUUCCAGGCCUGUGUGGGAUGGACACCCUAUCACAGUUAUAGUAAUUUUAUUAAUACCAUAUUUUGCAUCAAUAUUAAGAUCUCUCUCCCACAAAUGUCAUCUUGAGAUUUCUUUUAGAACAGGAAACUUUGGAAUUUUACUUGUUCCAUUUUAGAAAGAACAUUUUUCUGAAACGUCAGAAUUUUGUGUGGAACAGGAGUUUGUUCAUAGCCACAUCUACUAGUCAGACUUAGAGAGGGGUGUUAUACACCAUCCAAGCAUUUGGCAGGGUCAGGCCUUACACUGUAAGAUCUUCAGGACAAAAGCUUAAUCAUGUUAAUUUUGUGCACCAAGUAGUGCCACUAAUUUCAUCUAGACUACACAGGAACAUUAAAGAGGAAGGGUGGUCCAAUGGUUAAGGUGCUAGGCUGCUACUCUAGAGAUCCAGGUUCAAUUCUCUGCCUUCCUGGAAAAAUUUAUUUUGAUUAAAAACAAAAGGCCCACAAAACAAUUUAGAUUAUAGCACAUAACCAGUUCCCUACAAAAACAAAAAAACCUCUUUUUAUUCAAUAUUUUACUGCUGGAACCAUUUUAAAGAGGCUACCACCACUCCUCUCUUUCUGCUACCAACAAUAAGAAUAACAACACAAAUAGGCUAAUAGUAAUAACACAUAAUGUUUUUUUGCACAGAAGUUGGUAUAGUAUUAAAAGUUGGUUCUCACUAUUAUAUAGUCCUAAGCAUUAUUUUUAUUCUCCCUUCACUUCAGGAGUAUGCAGCUCUGGAUAUUUUUAAUCAAUAAUGAACCAAUGUAUUGACCAGAAUGAGUAGUUAAAGGCUCGUUUGGUGCGGGGUUUUCAGCAGUAUUAUUUUAUUCUCAGUUAGUUCUAUUAUAUGCAAUAUUUUUGUUCUCUGUGCUACUAUGGAACUGAAUAUUCUGUGUUAUAUUAAUAAUUAACUCUUUUAUUGCCUGGAACAAGCAGUUAAAGGUUAGUUUGGACUGUUUUUUUCAUAACUAGUAUGUUGCUCUCUGUUGCAUUACAUGUAUCAUUUUCGUCCCUUGUGCCACUUUAGAACAGAACGUCGGGGCAGUUUUAGUAAUAAAGCUAUUUAUUGCCUGUAAUGGCCAGUUAAAGCUCA